AUGAGUGCCGGAAAACCACUUGAUGUUGCACUGUACAGGGCUUCCAACGGGCCGUACUACGGUCCGUACAAAGUGAACCGUAACGGUCACGUGUUCAGUACGAACGUACCGAGUUCUUACAAUACGGACACCUACCUCUCCUCCUCCCUGUCGUACGAACGUACACAAAAUCUCACCUGUACAGGCCUCAAAAUCGCCCAAUCUGAAAGCGUAUUUUACGUUAUAACUUACCACAAACUCAAUCCAAUGCUCCCGAAAAUAAUUGAGAGCGUAUGCGAAUACGCUAAAGGACGAAAGUGCCUCUUUCAUUUACCUCUCUUUGAGUCUUUGUUCGUGUUCGGCAGGCGGUGUUUCACAACUGCCCAGUUUUUCCUCGAUGUCCCGAACUUAAACAAGCCCACCGCAAUCUCGAAAGACGGCAACAUCUCAGCACACGAUCGUCAUGUAGCAUUUAGAUUUGAUGGCUACUCCCGUACGAAUCCCUGUAACCGAAAAUCUAAUCAUCUACCUGCUAAUCCACAACAAUGUCGCGAUGACUUCAUCGAGACGACCGUUGAAAAGACGAUAUUAAAAAGAUUCAAGGGUUUCAUGAAAUGUAAGAUAGUCUUUACAAUAAUUAUCCCAACUUGGGCGAUUGUAGAGCGGCUAACGACGAAGCGAACGAUGGCACAUAUUUCAGUUUUUGAGUUGUUAUCUGAAAAUGGAAUAUGGACUCUGUUACUCAGCAGCUGCUCCGAGUUGCUCACAAAGCUUUCCAACUUUAAGGUCAUCUGCGGCACAAUUGAUAUCCACGAAUUAGUAAUGGUGCUGGAGCGUUUUAUUUUUGCCAACCAAACGUUAGGAGGGCUUAUAUACCUAGACUAUGGUUUUGGGUUGAUACGAUUGUUCAGCUACAGCUCGAGUCCAUCUUGCGUCCCUACGGCUAAAUAUCCUCCAGUCAGAGAUUAUUUCACCGUUCCUCUAUGGAAAUAUGGCACAAACAACUAUUCGCCAUGCGAGGGAAAUCGAAUUGGCUUUCUUUAUCUAGAACUGACCUACCAUGCCCACAAUACAGGACAGAAGGGCACGUUAUAUAAGGGAACGGAACUGAUGCCGAAAAAUGAUCUCUGGGUACUUGUUGCUGAACUAGUUCUGGUUGUGAAGGAUCUAGCCGAAGUUCGUUUCAAGUUUUUUGAUACAAAGCUGAGGUCAAUUGAAAUAUGUUCCUUCCAGGGAACCUGGCGAAGAAGUUCCAGCGAGUGUAGCAUUGUACCAAAUACUGCACCCGCCACCAUCAGGAAAUCACAUAUUCUACUAAGAGGGAUUAAGCCUCAGCACUGUGCCCGCUGCUGGCAGAUAUUCAAACGUUGCUAUACCCUAUUUUGCGUAGCGGAGCCAAUGUUGGUAGAUACAAUUGUUUGCCAAAUGUUACUUGUAGAGCAAGGUGGAAUACGCAUGCUGGCUAGGGGAAGGCAAUGGCUAGAUAUUUGUCCACUUACGACCUUGAAUACCUGCCAUAAGACCUUGCAAACAUUCCUCGUUUUGGAGAGGGCGGCUAGCGACAAGAGUUCCUGCUCUUCCGCCUCUAGCCCAUUUCAUGAGCUAGCAGAUAUUAGGGAGGCUUAUAACGGAUACAAACCUUCUCCAACCCCUUUCUGUUUGAGCGACGUGACUUACGACGAAAAGCUUGAGCGGUGCUCUUUGGCCCCGUUUAGGACUCUUAGAGUGGGGGAAUUGGUGGAGUGUGCGGGAACGAUAUUGCCGAAUCCCGUGUUUUCCCAAAAACAAGGCGGAAGUCAUUCUCCCAGUGGCUUGCGUAUAUAUAAACCCUCCACUCCCUCCUCCUAUUUGAGGAGUAACUUACGUGUCAAAAAUCGCACGUCUCUCGAAACUAGGGAGUCUAGUAUCGCGCUGGAUGCCUCUAGUGUAGGAAUUGAAGGGGCUGCGACUCCAUAUUCCCCACUCAUUAGGACGCUAUGUGCUUGUGACCCAAGUCCACGGAAGUGGACCUAUUGCUGCAAGUACGACUUCAAAAGUCUACUAAGACGAGGAUUCAACCAAGCAGCACAGGAAUGCAUGCCCGGAUGUGGAAAUUCCGUUAGGCAAGGCUCGCUUUUAAGACAUCAAGCACCAGACAUAGGCAGCCCACUGAAGACAGGAACGAAACGCAAGGUAGUAGACGCGCUUAAUGAUUCUAAAAACCACCGUGAUCUGAGCAACCUGCAGUGCCUGGCAAGCCCAACCAUCCGCCCAUAUACCACACUUGGCAACUAUGAUGACUUUAUAGGGAUUGAUGAAAAUGGACGUCUUGAGAGCUGA